GUAGAACAACGCAACAAGUAAUCGAGGACGCCGGGAUAAAUUUACGAGGUGCAUACCAGUCGUGGACAAUGACAGGAAAGAUGAGAUCUUUCUUUAUUCGUGACUUGCUUGGUGAAUCAAUUUCGGAUUCAAAACCAGACAGAGAUGAAGAUGACCUGAAUUCGUCCAGUAACGACGAAAAGCUGUUUACCAAAACCACUUCCCCUUUGUACCUUAAGGAGUCUUCCGCGAAUGGGCAGCACAGUUUUAAGAAAGAAGAGAAUCCUUUCAGCCGCGUUCAUCGCCGAAGCUCCGACCUGGAAGACAGUAUGCACUGUGCCAACAAGAAGCCCCGAAGGCGUCGAACUGCUUUCACCCAUGCCCAGUUGGCCUUCCUGGAACGCAGAUUUCGAGCCCAAAAAUAUUUGUCUGUGGCCGAUCGAGGAAACGUCGCGGAGCUCUUAAAUCUGACCGAAACCCAAGUGAAAACUUGGUAUCAAAACAGGAGAACUAAAUGGAAAAGACAAGCCCAGCAACAACAGCAGCCGGACCCAUCUAUGGCUUCGUCCUACUCCGUUAAUGCAACGCUACCUAACAUGGCUGAGAGUAGGUCGUCUGCUGCCUAUUGCCAACCUUUGCUGUGCAGUAAUGAUGUUAGUAGGAACCCGGAUUCGUUCUUUCCCUACAUCCGGGCAAUCCCAACUGUUUUUUCAACUAGUUGUCACUUUUCCUAACCUUCCUAUGUGAAUCCCGUUCAAAAAUAGCUAUAAUUAUUGUUCUUUUCGUAUUGUACCUAUCUCGUUAUUGACAAGUGUA